AUGCCUGAGGAAAUCAUCAUCAGUAGCGGAAACUACACCUUUACCGGUAGUGGCGGCAGUGAUGGCUGGAGACCCCGCAGCUACGUCCCUCUACCCAUCUCCGAUGGUAGCGCUGCUGGCGGCAGUAGCGGCGGCGGUAGAUGCACCGACGAGGCCAAAAAGAGAUAGACGAAUGGAGUGAUGGGAUACACAAAAACGGGACAGGUGGCAGGAGACUGAAUGGGAUAACGAUGAUCUGACUUACGGCGUUGGGGCAUGACUUUUCUUUCUUUCUCUAGCAAUACAACAUACCCAGAGGCAUGCGGUCAGGUGAAGGAACCUCUUCACUUCAUUGGUUAGCUCUCUUUUGUCACCCAAUUUCCCUUCAAGUCAGCUCUGUACCAACACUUCUUCGCGACGACAUAGACAUCAAAAGUCAGGGACUCAGGUUCAGUAACUGCCGCAGAGGCUUUGUUUAGGUACGCAUCAGUGAUGACUCUUGAUUAAUGAAGCGUCCUCAAUAAC